ACCCUAUUCCGCUCGAGGACGAGAGGAGAGAGAGAAACUGGAGCGUCGGACCGCGUCUUGCGCUUGGGCCCAGGGGGUCGUUGUACUCGUUGUGCGGCUAAACUCGGCACCUGGAAGGGUCGAUCGGUUCAGGCGCUGCUGCUGAUUCUUGCGCUGCGCUCCAUUCCAGUCCCAUUUCAGUUCAGUUCAAUUCAAUUCAGUCGCACUCUUGUGAAGAUCCCGGUCGAUUGAUCGAACAUGGCUCACAACCCCUCGCACCUCAUGCCCUCCGAGCUGAUUGACCGGUGCAUUGGCUCGAAAAUAUGGGUGAUCAUGAAGGGUGACAAGGAGCUGGUCGGGACUCUGCGCGGUUUUGACGUCUACGUCAAUAUGGUGCUCGAGGAUGUGACAGAGUAUGAAAUAACUCCCGAAGGACGCAGAAUAACAAAGCUCGAUCAAAUUCUUUUAAACGGGAACAACAUUGCUAUACUUGUUCCUGGAGGAGGUCCUGAAUGACAGGUGAGCUGUGCCGGCGUGCAAUUAGAUGCAGAUAUGUACUCAAUUUUGAUACACUUCCUGCUCGGAGGACUAGUCCAAGCUAAGUGCUUCGGAUCAGCUCAUUACAGUCUGCUUUUGGAAAUUUCCUGUAAGGAAAACGCAGUUUUCUGUGUGGAUCAUGACAGCAGUCUCCAACUUGUUCAAACUCAGCCAGUAAGCAUUGAGCUCUUGGAGAGUGAGCUAUCCAAGUCUACUGUGUUAGAAUUGCUUCACUUGGGAAUGUCAAUAUUGAAAGGCUCGUGGCCCACAUAUCCAAUUUCUGCUCUUGACAAAUUCCUGCCAUGCAGCCACAUCAAAUCCCAUCGAUACUUUAUUUGCCUCAGUAGCGUAGUCGCUUGUACCUGGCUUAUCCAUCACGCAUAGGCUUCCGUUUUUCAUAACUUGUAGCCAAGUGAUAUGACACUGAAUCUUGUUUCAGAUUCUUGGUCUGAACUCUUGUGAAUCUGUACAAUAAAGAGGUGAAGAGACUCCAUGGCUAGCUUUGCGGUCGGAGGAUUGCCAA